CCAUUUGCUGUACUGCCAGCAGCAGGGGGGAGCUCCUGGGGAGUCGAGUGAGUCGGAUCGUGAGGUUGGACCUUACAGUCCGGCUCCACGGAUCGCUGGGCGGCAGGACUGUCUUGCACAGGUCACUUUCCACAUCGCUUUCUUUUCCCAGAAUCUUCCCUUUCCUGUCAUUGUUUCUUUUUUUCUGAAAGAGGAAUUGUCUUUGUCUUCAGGGAAUGCCGUUUCUGAUGUACACGGCUUGAUAAAGUGAAAGUGACAGAAUGACGUCACAACAUCGUCGCAGCCUCUAGAAGUUCAUCAAAGAGGAGUCCUGCCGUCACAUUUCUCCUUCACCCCAGGAAAGAAAACAUCGGAGUCGAGUGGCUCUUGGUCAAAGUGUGAGAAUGGGCGACCCGUACCAGGAUAACGCGUACCUGCAAGACAGCAGCUAUUCCACGUACGGAGGUGGGACGCAGGCUGGCUAUGCGUACCAGGAGGACUAUCCACGUCAGGACGAGGACGCUGCCAGCGACGCCACAGAGGGCCGUGAUGACGAGGACCAGAUGUACGAGGGCGAGUACCAGGGCAUCCCGCAUCCGGACGAUGCCAAGGCAGCACAGCGGGCAGCGCGGGCUAAAGGGCCCAGUGACGAAGAAGACACCCUACCUGAGGAGUACGAGAGCAUCAUAGAGGACUGCGGCCACGGCCGAUUUCAGUGGACUCUGUUCGUAGUGGCUGGCCUGGCCCUCAUGGCCGACGGGGUCGAGUGCUUUGCGGUGGGCUUCGUGCUGCCAAGUGCCGAGAAAGACAUGUGCCUUUCCAACGCCAACAAGGGAAUGCUGGGUCUGAUCGUGUAUCUGGGAAUGAUGGUGGGGGCCUUCGUGUGGGGGGGUCUGGCGGAUAAACUGGGCCGCCGCAGGUGCCUGGUCAGCGCACUGAACAUGCACUUCGCCUUCGCCUUCCUCUCCUCCUUCGCCCAGGGAUACGGCUCCUUCCUCUUCCUCAGACUGUUCUCGGGAAUAGGGAUUGGAGGCUCCAUCCCCAUCGUGUUCUCCUACUUCUCAGAGUUCCUCGCCAUGGACAAGAGAGGGGAGCACCUGGGCUGGUUGUGCAUGUUCUGGAUGAUGGGGGGCAUUUAUGCCUCGUUUUUGGCCUGGGGCAUCAUUCCUCACUACGGUUGGGGCUUCAGCAUGGGCACGGAGUUCCAGUAUCACAGCUGGCGGAUCUUCGUGUUGGUGUGCGCCCUGCCCACGUUGCUCUCUCUCACGGGACUGAUGUUUAUGCCAGAGAGUCCACGCUUUCUUCUGGAGAAUGGUAAGCAUGACGAAGCCUGGAUGAUCCUGAAGCGAGUCCAUGACACCAACUGGAGGGCGAAGGGGGAGCCAGAGAGAGUGUUCACUGUGUCCCAGAUAAAGACCGCACGGCAGGAGGGUGAAUUCACCGAGAUCCAGAGCUCUACAGGCUCUGCCUUUCAGCGCUGGACCGUUCGAUCCAAGGGUUUGACCAAAGAGGUUCUGCAAAAUAUUCGGUCCCUCGUGUCUCCUAACCUGAGACACGGCACCUUUUUCAUGGCUAUUAUAUGGUUUACCAUGGCCUUCAGUUACUAUGGGCUGUCGGUGUGGUUCCCAGACAUGAUCAAGCACCUGCAGAAUGAGGAGUAUGAGUCCAAAGUAAAGAUCUUCCAUAAAGAAAGAGUCAAGAACUUUGUCUUCAACUUUUCUCUGGAGAAUCAAAUCCAUAAAGAUGGAGAGUACAUCAGUAAUAACUUCACCAAAAUGGAGAUGACGUCCAUCAAAUUUGAGGAUUCGCUUUUCGAAAACUGUUACUUUGAGGACAUCAAGUCUACUGGGACCUUCUUUAAAAACUGCACCUUCAAAUCCACAGUCUUCUACAACACAGAUUUGUGGAUAGAGAAGUUUAUUGACUGUAAGAUGCAGAAUACCACAUUUGUGCAUUCCAAGAAGGGCUGCCACCUGAAUUUUCAUGAGGAGAAUGACAUCCUGAUCUACCUGGUUAGUUUCCUCGGCAGUUUAGCUGUGCUACCUGGAAACAUUAUCUCAGCCCUCUUCAUGGACAAGGUUGGGAGGAUCAAGAUGAUCGGAGGCUCCAUGCUCAUCUCGGCCGGCUGCACUUUCUUCCUGUUCAUGAGCUUCAGCCAAGCCGCCAUCAUCGCUUGGCAGUGUCUGUUCUGCGGUGUCAGUGUAGCAGCAUGGAAUGGCAUUGAAGUCAUCACUGUGGAGCUGUUCCCGGCUUCAAAAAGAACCACGGCGUUUGGGCUCCUCAACGCCCUCUGCAAGUUGGCUGCCAUCUUGGGCAGCUCCAUCUUUGCCUCGUUCGUGGGUAUCACUAAGGUCAUCCCCAUCUUGUUGUCCUUCGGCGCUCUGGUGGGCGGAGGCUUGCUGGCCCUCAAGUUGCCUGAAACCCGACAGAAGGUCCUCUUGUGAGAAUCUAGGCAGGUCAAAGGUCAAUGCCUGGUGUGGUGUUCCCAAAGGUUUCCAAAGACCACAAGUUGACCAACACAUUAUGGGGCCCUUGCUUCCAUAAUAUCUGUAUGUAUACUACAUCCUUUUGUGAUUCUUCCUCAUUUGUCCUUUAACACCAACCUUCACUUUGGCAAAUUGUCUGGUAAAAUACACAAAAUUAUAAAAGAACAGAAACUAUCCCAGCGCCAUAAAAACAGAUUCAUUGCUUAAUGCUUGGGUUGCAUUAAGUGCUCGGUCCAGCUAAGAAGGUGUUAUGGAAGCUCAGUCUUAAGGUACAAUAUAUUCUCAGCACUUCGUCUUAUGCUUGUCCAAGGUGCCAUCUCAAAGCCAAAGACAAUUAGGUACCAAUGUUUACUUCCAUUUAACGGAAGCAAUUUCUUUUAAAAACAAGAAGUCUUCAAUUCUACAGUUUAUGACCUCCAUCUUUGGAUAAAAAAUACUCUUUUAUCCGAUGGCUUGGGGUAGCCUAGCACUGCAAAUCUACUUAAUAUACUGACAGUGAAAUGGUAACACAAUAGAAUAAUAGAAUAGGGUUGUACACUUGACUUUCCCCAUUAAAUUGACACUGGAAAAAUAUAUAGAAUAUCUACUGUCGCAUGAGCUAAUGUGGUAAAUAAGUGGGAUUGCAAAUCUUUACUCAGUCAGGUUCUCUCAUCACUCAUCUUGUCCCUCCAUCUAUGGGUCAGCUGGAUUAUCAGCAAAACUCAUUGUCAUUUUUCAGGGCAAUCACUGGCGAAUUCCUGUAGAGAAUGUCUGAAUCUCAUCGUCCUAUACUGUCCAGAUACCACUGGUCUUUGUAGUGUGUGGUGUAGCCUGGUAGGUAAUGAAGUGUGUGCAGCCUCCCUCUGAAAUGUGAAUGCUUAGGUUCUCAUCUAGAUAUUCUCUAGAGACAUCAAUGAUGCAUCUAGAUAUUGAGAUGUAAAUAUAGAGAAGUAGGGUAAGGCUGACUUGUGUAUAUGACUACAACUUGAAGUAUCCAUUGUAUUAGAAAUUGAGUGUCACCAGUAUUUAAAGUAUCAAACAAAGUAUUUGAUAAGCAUGUGUGUCAUUUAUGUAUUAUAUUUGUAUAUCCUGUUAUAUGUAAUUAAAUAAAAACGAUCAGUAUUA